AGCUUCCCAUCUUAUAACAAAAGCCGUCAGCUUGGGGUGCACUCAGUCUUGUGUGCAAGCUGACACGUUGACAGUGGGAUACACUGAAUCAGUCACUCGGAAUAUCUCCAAACAUACCGAUCAACAAUCCGAUCGAAUACACCCCGCUUACUCUACGAUGAGACGAAUCACUUUGGGAAAGCUUUUCAUCGGUGUGUCCACCGUGGCAUUGACAAUAUUUGUGUUCGUUUCCUUGAGUGACACAAUAUCUUCACGAAACAAAAAGGAAAUUGACGAAUUAGUCCAUGCGGUUCAGAGAUUGCGGAAGCUUGCCAAGACCAAAGGUAUUCAUGUCCAGGAAGAGGGAACCUACCCGGCUGCACCAGGCACGGGGGACAAAGUCACUGGCAGGGGCGAACCAAAUAUAUCCGAGAACCUUCAGGGUGGCUCCAGUUUCCGGAUAACUGAGUACUGGCAGGCCAGUUCCCUGAUAAAAUGGGAUUUUGAGAAACCGCCAGAAUAUGACUGUAAGAAUAAAUCCUCGGCCGGAAUAUACUUCAUCUGCCAAGAUCCUCCAUUUACCAUCAAGCCACCCUGCAUCGCAUACUCCUUUGGUGUCUAUACGAAAUGGGCGUUUGAGGAAACUCUUGGCAGAAUGGGAUGUGACACACAUUCGUUUGAUCCCAGUGUGAAAUGGGACGACCACAUACACAAGGGCGUGGUCAACUUCCACAAGCUGGGCAUCGGGGCAGAGGACACCGACACCUACAAGCCUGCCCGGGGGAUGUACGUGAAAGAGGAUCAGACGUGGAAGAUGAGGACGCUGCCGUCCAUCAUGAAGAUGCUGGGUCACGAGGGGAAAGUGAUUGACGUGCUAAAGGUGGACGUGGAGGGGUUUGAGUGGGCCAUGAUGCGGCAGAUGCUAGACACUGGCAUCAUCCACCGCGUGCGUCAGUUCAUUAUCGAGUGGCACCUGGUUCGGGACUUCCCGGCCAAGCAGACGUACAUGGAUCUGCUUCGCCUUUACUACAGGAUGAAGGAUGCGGGAUUCCGCACGUUCUCCGUGGAUUUCAGGUUCCCGGGAUUUUCUUUGAAACGAUGGAGAAUACAAUCGGAUGUGAUGUAUGUAAAUACCAAGUUUAGUCCAAAUAGCCAGUAGUUGCUCAGCCUGUAUGUUUCAAUGGAUGGCGUGUUGUACAUGAGCUUAUGUAAAUGAUGUGAUUGAUAUAUUCGGCUGUUCAUGUAGUAAUGCCGUGUUUGUUUAUUGAAUAUCAGUUUUUUUCUUAGUUCUAUAUUGUGAUGCAAUUGAACAUCACACACACACACACAUGUAUAUAUCAUAACGCCGAUCCGGGGAGGGGGAGUGUCAGGGGGGCGCGCUCGUCUCAUUGUUUACAAUAGCGUACAAAAAACAUGUACGUCUUGGACUACACACGGCGAUUGUUUACCGAUUGAAUUGUGUGCAUUCCUGUAUUAUUUGUUUUACUUGAAACCACCUCUUGCCGUCCACCACCUCUGUUAAAAACCUGUAUAAUAUACAGUUAAGCAGAACGUGUAUUGGUUUAAAACUGCACGUGUACCCACCCCUGGGGUUUCCUUUACCACACAUGCGGAGCACUUAAAUUAAAAAAAUGGGUCGGGUGAUCUACCUUUUUACGACAUAGUAUAUUUACAGGUCGCCGUCAUACAUAUUAUUGCAGAGUGUUGAACAACAAACAUGUUCUCAUAUUGUAAGUUAAUAGUGUUAAUGCCCCAUCACACAUCCCAAGCGUUUUCUACUAUCUGCCGCCCCCAACUGACCCCCCACGUCCUCCC